GAAUUUGGGAGGGAGGGGAUUAUCACCCUGCCUCUACGCCCUGACCAGUUCCCAGGGGAGGGGCCAGACACUAACACUUUGGGAUAAGGCCCAAGUGAGGCAAAGGAAGCUGGAGAGGAAGCCCAUGUCCUCAUGGAAGCCUGAUAUGCAAGGGGCACCGGAAAGGGUCAGAGGUCACUCAGGGACCAUUCUCAGUAGGGAUACAAUAGCGUUUUACAGAACUGUCAAAGGCCAUUAGGAAGGACACAAUCAGUGGCCGCACAGAGAAAUGGGGUCAAAUACGGAAGUACCAGAGGUGACCUCAAAACAAAGCAGUGGAGAGUGGACCUUGGUAGCCCCACCAGUCUUAGAGUCCAUGAGCUGAAUCUACCACACUGAAGUCAGGGCCAGGAAGGGAGCACAGGAGGCUGACACAGCGGAUGUGGGUUGAGAGCUGUCUUCACACAUCAGGCAGGAAGGGGGCAAAGGAGGGCGCGGGGACUGUUCUGGAGGAGGAAGGCCACAGAGAUGAGGCCUCUUCAGCCAUUAGGGCCUCCUCAGACUUCUCUACCACCAAUCAGAUUCUUCCGUCCUGGGGCAGUAUCUUGGCAGCAGUCAGACCUGAAAAUUCACUCAAGAAGAAUCCAGGUCCCCAGUUAAUGACUUUCUAACACCCCUUCAAGUCAGAGAGCAGUGUGCCCCACAGGAACUACCCAGAGGCCCAGGCACAGCGCUGGGAUGGCUCUCCACAGUACUCGAGACGCUGAAGGAACUGCAUGAGACCAGGACCACAAAGCGGCCUGGGGCUGAUGCCACGGAAACAGCCUGCAACAUGAGGAGCUGUGGGCGUCCGUGCCAGCCUGUCUUUGGCAAGUGUGGAGCAAUGGAGGGAUGGCUGGAUGAACAGGGAGCAUGCCCCAGUCCCACGGCAGCCCCCGACUGCUGACGGAGCCUUGUGUGGAUCCCUGGCACAGACUGAAAGAGACAGAUACAACGAGGAGCCCGCAGGCCCAUGGGGAGUGGCAAAGGCUGGUCAGCGGCGGCACUGUAAACACCCAAACACACCACAGACUCAUCAAAGUCAAGUCCAGUGUGGCAUCACAGGGCCAAGAAUGGUCACCUUCCUGCUGCUUGGGACACCCAAAGAGAACCAUCCUCCAGGUCUGAAGGGUGACAGGGUGAACAGGACAGCAACACACAGUGUGACCGCUGCCCUGAAGAUGGACCGUCACAACAUGUCCUGGAUCCGCUACCCUAGCCAUGUGUCCCCAGCUGUGGAAGAUGUCAUUGCAGCACAGAGCAUCAUUUCUAGGUGCAUGCAUGUGUACAUAGCGGUGUGUGUCCCACUGAGCCUGGUGACGGGGCUCUUCUGUCUAAGUGUGUUCAUCCGGGAACGUACUAGGCUGGGGGUGCUGGACAGGCUCCUUGCAGGUCUCACAGUCACUAGCAUCUUGGUGACUCUACUGUCCCUCAAUGCUGCUGGCCGACCUGACUACAUGGCCACGACAAACCUGGGCUGUGGGACACUCUCAUUCUUCUCCAAUGUCUGCUACUUUACAGCUCAGUACCUGCAGGGGGCCAUGCUUGUCCAGUCUCUUCUGCCGGGAUCUUCGGGCUGCCAGCUCUUGGUGAGGCCUGUGGCCAGUCUAGCUGCCAUUGGAGGCUGUGCCGUGUGUAGCUCGCUCAUUGUGGUGUCUCUACUGGGCACAUCUGGGGAGUUGCACGCAACCACUGUGUGCCAGGUGAAUCCACUGACAGCAUGGCCCGAAUACGAGAUCGUCAAGUUCAGCCUGGGCUUUGCGCUUGCCUUGAGCUUUCAGAUGGUUCUCCUUCUCCUGCAUGCUACACAGCCAGCCUGGCGGGUGGCUCCUGCUCCGAGGGACACAGCCUCUGGGCGCUGGGCGGUACUGGCCGUGACUCUCAACAUGUUUGCCUGUAGACUCUUCUUCAAUGUGGUCCUCCUGCAUCGAGCCCAGUUGAAGCUUCGGAAGGAUGUGGGCUCCCCCAGGGAUGAGCUGCUCAUGAACCUCGCAGAGCUGGCCCUCUCUGGAGAAAGUUGCAUCAACUUGGUGGUCACCCUCAUCCUCCACACACGGUGCAGGCUUAGGUUGCUGGGCCUCCUUGAGCGUCUGACACAGAGAUGCAGGCGGGGACCAGACAACAGCAUGCCCUUGGACAGAGUAGGGGGCUAGACAGGGCCUGUCUGCAGACACAAGCCACACCCCAUCCUGGUGUUCAGGGAAGAGUGCCUUUCUGGGGAGCUUGGGCAGGGUUCAUGUGUUCUGGAUGGUGCUUAACAAACAGGAGUUUGUCUGCGGCCACAUCAACCUACACAAACAAGGCAGCUUCUCUUCCCAGAUCAACAGGUGCGCCUUGAGGAACAUUCAGGUCAAAGACACAACAGCAUAGGUACAGGGGCCGAUCGGAGACCACGGGUCUGCUAGAGGGUGUCCUGACUAUAAUGGCCACCUUGCCCGAUGGCUGCCAUCCUCCAUUCCACAGCCCAGUCUGACAACACAUGAAGGGCAUCGUGGAAAUAAACACAGUACUCACCUAA